AUGGUGCGCCCAAAUCCAAUUGCCCUACGAGGGGCCCUGCGCACAAUAAACGCCCGAUCUGCCCUUCCGCAACGAAGGCUGUUCGGUGCCUCCGCCCGCUACCUCGCAAACGAGAAACCCCAGCAGCCGUCCUUCAAAAGUCAGCUAUACGAAAGCACCCAACAGCGCUUGCAACGUGAGCGGGCCGAACAGGCGCGAUUCGCCCAGUACCAGACUCAAUCUCCCGGUAGUCGGUAUGCCGCUUUAGUUUUCGCAUUGGUCUUCUUCUCCACCGGUGCCUAUUACCUCGGAUCCCUCAAGCCACCUGCCCUUCCAAGCACGUCUACAAGUCCGCUCUCCGAGCUCGAACCCCCGAAACAUAAUGUCACCCCGUCCAACCUCCAGGCUGCGUGGUCUGAUUUUGUUGAGAUCCUCGGCAAGGAGAAUGUCUCCACGAAUCAAGGUGACCUCGAGUCUCACUCGGGAUCAGACUGGUCUUCCUACUCGCUGAAGGCGGAUGAGAAACCAUUCUUAGUUAUAUACCCCUCGACAACGGAGGAGGUGUCACAGAUUAUGAAGGUCUGCCACCGGCGAGUAAUCCCGGUCACUCCGUACUCAGGCGGCACAAGUCUCGAAGGACAUUUCGCCCCGACCCGCGGAGGGGUGUGCAUUGACUUCCGUCGCAUGGAUCGCAUCCUGCAGCUGAACAAGCAUGACCAUGAUGUCGUCGUACAGCCCGCACUAGGAUGGGAGGAGCUAAACGAGGAGCUGAUCAAGGAUGGAUUGUUCUUCCCACCGGACCCUGGUCCUGGCGCCAUGAUCGGCGGUAUGGUCGGCACAGGCUGCUCAGGAACAAAUGCCUAUCGCUACGGAACUAUGCGCGAAUGGGUUCUUUCACUAACAGUCGUCCUGGCAGAUGGCACAGUGAUCAAGACACGCCAGCGCCCUCGUAAAUCGAGUGCCGGAUACGACCUGACCAGACUCUUUAUUGGAAGCGAGGGAACCCUGGGUCUUGUGACAGAGGCAACCUUGAAAUUGACCGUGCGCCCCAAGAGUGAGAAUGUGGCCGUAGCCAGCUUCCCCAGCAUCCAGAAUGCAGCGGAGUGCGUCACCAACGUGGUGGAGGCGGGUAUCCCUGUUGCGGGUGUGGAGAUCCUGGACGACGUACAGAUGAAGUGCAUCAAUGCCAGCCAGACCACUAGCCGGCAAUGGAAGGAGUCCCCGACCAUCUUCUUCAAAUUCACUGGUACACCGGCAGCCGUCAAGGAGCAGAUUAGCAUGGUGCAGAAGAUUGCUUCUAACGCAUCCGGGAAAUCAUUCGAGUUCGCGCGUGGUGCAGAGGAAAUGAAGGAAUUGUGGAGUGCCCGGAAACAGGCACUUUGGAGUGUUAUGGCCAUGCGUCGGGGGCCCGAAGAUCGCGUCUGGACGACUGAUGUGGCUGUUCCCAUGAGCAGACUGCCUGAGAUCAUCGACAUAACCAAGGACGAUAUGACCAAGAGUGGCCUUUUGGCUGGUAUCUGUGGCCAUGUUGGAGAUGGCAACUUCCACGCUAUCAUUCUGUUUAACGAAAGCGAGAAGAAGGCCGCAGAGGGUGUGAUCCAUCGCAUGGUCAAGCGAGCUGUGGAGAUGGAAGGCACUGUCACAGGUGAACACGGCGUUGGCCUUGUCAAGCGGGACUAUCUCAACCAUGAAUUGGGUGAAACUACUGUAGAUGCUAUGCGCCGGUUGAAAUUGGCCUAUGAUCCCCUGCGUUUGCUUAACUGUGACAAAGUUGUCCGAACUGAGCUCCCAGCGCCUGGCGAGGUCAAGGAGUGGUAA